AAUCAAUCCCCUCGGUUACCUCUGCUGUUCCUCAACAAAAUCUCCUAUUCUUGCUGGUCUUUCUUUUUCUGGGAGCGCAAACCCUUUGCCAACAGAAAAAAUGGCAACUUUGAAAGAAAAACGUACCUGUGGUCAACGAUGUGAAGACUUUGGGCACUUCGUGUGGAACUCAGACACCAAACAGUUCAUGGGGAGAACUUUAGAAAGAUGGGUGUACAUCAGCCUGUAUUAUGUUGCCUUCUACAUUGUGAUGUCGGGGCUGUUCAUCCUUGCCUUAUAUGUUAUGCUGUUAACACUAAAUCCAUACACUCCCACAUACCAGGACCGGUUAACAUCGCCAGGGGUAAUAUUAAGGCCAGAUAUAUGGGGGGAGGAAGGACUGGAGAUCACCUACAAUGCCUCGGAUAAGAAGAGCUGGAUGGGAAUGACCAACAUUCUUAACAAAUACCUUUUGCAUUAUAAUGAGACUCAUCAAAUUGAAAGCAAUCGGCAUUGCCCCAGUGGCUUGUACUCCAUUCAGAAAGAUUUCAGGGGUCCACACCAUACUAAGUAUGCCUGUAUCUUCACUCGAGAGAUGCUGGGGAGCUGCUCUGGACUGAAAGACCCCACUUAUGGAUACCCGGAAGGGAAGCCAUGUUUCUUAAUCAAAAUGAACAGAAUUAUUAAUUUUCUCCCUGGGAAGGACGGAUCACCUCCGUAUGUCAAGUGUACUGUGUUGGAAGGCAGUGCCUCAAAUCAAGACCUUGUGGAUUAUUAUCCAGUAAAUGGCACCUUCGACAUUUCUUACUUCCCUUACUAUGGCAGCUUGGCCCAGCCCAACUACACCAACCCCCUGGUGGCAGUCAAGUUCAACAGCAUCACGAAGAACGUAGAGAUUAAGAUUGAGUGCAAAGUGGUGGCAGACCAUAUCUGCACAGACAACUUUCACGACCCCUAUGAAGGCAAGGUUGUGUUCCAGCUCAAGAUUGAAUCGUAACGGAAGCACAGCCAGCUUUAGUCAUUUUCCCUCCAAGGAGCGUCUAACCGUUUAGUAGAAAACGGCCUCAAAUAUAAUCAGAACCAAACUGCCGUAAAAAAGAACUUUUGCAGAUGUAUGUCUGUAGAAGUUUACCACACAUACAUGAAACUUCUGCAAGAGGUGACCAUGAUGAGCUAGAUUUCCUUUGUAUGCAGUACUAGUUAGUUACUGUAAAGGCAACAGGAUUUUACACGGUACAGUAAAACAAACCUCAGUUACAAGCCUCACUCCUGCAGACUGACCAAUCAAAUGAACACACCCCUUGAAAUCAGAAUUAUGGCUCCUUGCUACAGUACUCUCUUCCCCCAACCCCACACUUUUUCAUUACGCAUGCACCGAUUACUGAAGAUCUAUUAGAAUAUCUGCAUAAAUAGCAUUUUAUAAAAUGUAACAAUCAUCUCACCAUGUUCAUGGAUACAACUCUACAGUUAUAGAAACUUGACUUUCCAAGACCCUCCAUUUUUUAUUUAUUUUUUUAAACUAAAAAUGAGGUUCUAUUGUGUUAAUGCAAUAUGCUGGUAGCCUGUUAAUGGACUGUUAACUUUACCCAAAAGGUACUGGCACAGAUCGCACAUUCACAAGUUCUUAGACUGUUGGAGGUUUAGUUUGUUUCCAAAUUAAAAGGAACCUUCAGCUUUAACAGUACAAUGAAUAAGCAGUUUUACAUAAAUAACUUUCCACCACCAUAUACAAACUUGACUGCAAGUGUUCUGUGUUCAAGGCUUCUGCCUAUUUACCCAACAUAAGCAGCAGCAGCUGCAUCCCAUUCAUUUGUGUAACUGCAUAUUCUGAUGUGUGGAGGAAAGCCCAGUUAUUGUUUAAUACAACUUCAAUCAGCUGACUUACGUGUGUUGGAAGAUUUUCUUUAAAGUAUGACUUAUUUGGUGAGCGAUUAAAAGUUUUGAAGUAACUCAACAUGUAUUUAUAAUUUGAAAGCAGGUGUUUAGCAAGCUUUGUUAGUGUAGAGUUUCACAUAUUUUACCCCAUUAAUAAAGACUGAUACUUAUCA